GGCCAAUGAUGUAAAAUCGGAUCCAAACAAGUACCAAGUAUUUUUUAAUUAAGGAAUCAUUCAUUAGAAAAAAGCUCACUUCUGCUGUACCUCUCUCCCACGCUGUCCUCUCUCACUCCCGCUCUCCCUUCUCUCUGCAACGCAGAGGAAAAACCGCCCCCGACCAAUCGAGCCUCCAAACCCACCACCAUCGCAAUCUGCUCCUCAAACACAACACGGCCGUGACUUUCGUGUUCGCGAACUCGGAUCCAAAACUCGAGAACCACGAACUCAGUCGCGCUUGAACUUUCCGACGAGUUUUCCGUCGUUGUCCCGGAUAAUAUCAAAGGAGAAGUCCACUGCAGGACUCCGGCGAGUUGCAGAAAGAAACCGCUGAUUUUCCGACCAAGCGUCGUCGAUUUGGAAUAUUUUGAAGCCACCAUUUGACGCACCAGCAUCCCUAGGCUCAGUCUCGAAUAACCUGUGGGUUCGAAAUUCCGAAAUUCGGACAGAGAGUUCUCCGGCCAACUUCGAGAUUUUCCAGCUACUUUUUGGCCAAACCAAGGUGAUAUAUAUGAUCUAAUUCAUGGAGGGGUUUGCCCAGGGUUCGGACUGAGGACUCCAUCACUGUUGCCAAGAGUUUGGAAUAAGGACUCCAUCACUGCUUCAGCACUUGAAGUCUCAGGAGGACACGAAGAAGGCACCGAAAUAGGAGGGCAGAGAAUCCAAGUCCAAGAUAUAAAGGUAUCAUAUCAACUUCAGUUAUGGCGGACUCCAUCGUAACCCUAAGUGAUCCAGUUCACAGCAGUAAUACUUUGGAGGAGGGGAAAGCUACCACGGAAGAUGGAGGACACAGAAGCAUAACCACUGCAAAAUCGCCAAAAAUUGGGCCACAACGUCAUCAAUCAAAAGUAUUCUUUCCAACCUGGGAUAUUAUCUUUGUAGUAUCAUCAGCAUUUUCUCUCUUUGUUGAUCCCUUGAUCUGCUAUAUUCCGUUCGUUGUCGAGAAAGACGCUUGCUUCUUGUGGGACCUACGGUUGAUGUGGACAUUUUUGGCUUUACGAUCAAUCGGGGAUCUUUUUUAUUUCAUGGACAUCGUUGUUUUUCUGAAGAGAUUUCACACCGAACUUAGUACCAAGUCUUCUACAUGGGCCUCCGCAAAAACUAAUGACGAUCGUCUUGUCACAACAGUUCGUAAUUUCAUCCGCAAGAAACCAGUUAGGUUCUUAGCCAUUCUAGGUCGCAUUUGGGUUGCUCUUCCCUUUCUACAGGCACUGUUGUUCAUUGGAAGGUAUACAUACUUGGAUAAUUCUAUGCUUAUUUCACUAAUUCCUUUCCAGUAUAUACUGAGGGCUUAUAACCACUACAAAUGGCUUGAUCGGCGUGCUAACAUAGAGACUGUACCAAGAAGAUUCCUUAAAGCUAUCUUAGACUUCCUUCCGUUCAUCAUUGCUUCUCAUCUUUACGGAUCCUUGUGGUACUUUUUUGCUGUGGAUCGAAAGAUAAUAUGUUGGCAGGACUAUAUCUGUAAACAUGGACAAAUAUGUGAUUAUCACAUCUAUAGUUUCUAUUGUGGUCCUACUAGUCAGACAUACAAUGGGCGGAUCGAUAUCCUGCGUUUAAAACAAUCAUGCUCUGUAGUAGAACUUCCAAAUAAUGGGAUAUCGGAGUAUGGUAUAUAUCAGUCUGCUCUCCAAUCUAAUAUGUCAACGUCAAGAUAUCUUCCAAGAAAAAUGUUGCAGUGUUUUUGGUGGGGCUUGCGAAAUCUUAGUUCUUUUGGUUCAAACCUUGAGACCGGUUUCGACACGGCCCAAAUCAUCUUUUCUGAUGUGAUCUCUAUAAGUGGCGUAAUACUAUUUUUAGUAUAUCUCAAUUCGAGGAUGCAGUGGUACCAAAAAGCAGCCGAGCGGCGGAUAUUGAGAAAGAAGAAGGAAAAGACAUAUCCAAUCUUAAUUGAACAAACACUUAUCGUGCCCCGUCACUGCGUGGAUUUACUAAAGAAAGUUCCAAUUAUUGGAAGUAUAGAUAAAAAAGGGUUGAAAGUAAUAUCUGAGCAUCUAAAGCCGGUGAUUUAUAAUGAGGAUGUUUGUAUUAUUAGGGAGGGUGAACCGUUGCGGAAGAUGCUGUUCAUCUGGCGAGGCACUACUUUGACCUACACAACUAGUAAAGGUGCAACAACUGUUUGCAAAUGCCUUGAGAAAAAUGAUUUCUAUGGAGAAGAACUUGUAAUUUGGGCAUUGAAAUCUGCCUCAUUUUCUGAGUUGCCUAUCUGCACUACAACCCUUGUGUCCCAAUCAAAAGUUGAAGCAUUUUCAAUCACGGCAAACGACUUGAAGUCAGUAGUUGCUAAGUUUUGGUUGCACUUUAGAAGGGAUCUUCCUCACUCUCAGGUGGAGUGUUUUGCAGCUUCUUCCAUACAAGUAGCCUGGCACCGCUACCACACAAAAAAGCUAAGAGAUCAACUAGUUGGGACAAGUGGAGUGUUUUGCAGCUUCUUCCAUACAUGUAGCUUGACGUCACCACCAGUCAAAAGAGCUAAGAGAUCAACUGGCUGGGACUAAUAUGUAUUUUGAGCUGGUUUCGCUUUUGUUUUGUGUGUGUGUGUUUUGAGUUGGUAUUGCAUGCUUUGGUUUCUCUUUAUAUCUCUUUUCGCUUUGGUUUCCCUUCAAUUUCGUGGUGUGUCUUGCGUUUUGGUUUGUGGUAUGAAAAGUGUAAUCGUUGACGUUAAUGAGAACGAUAUUAUGUAUGAAUUAAAAGCUCAAAAUAUGGAUCAUCUUCUUCAAAUUGAA